AUGACACAGGCCCCGGGGAAAGAGCAAGAUACCAUGGAGGUGGCUCAGGCGCAAGAGGGGGAUGGCAAGGACAACAAGGAUAUUCAGAAAUCCGAUAGAUUAACUCCCUUUCUGACAACAGUUCCAAGGUCCGUGACACGGUUUAAAAAGCUCCCAGUAGAGAAAACGCCUGAUUCUUCAAGUCCCCCAGAGAUAUCAGGUCCACAAUACAGUGGUCCCCUGGAGGGGCCAUUCGGCUUAGGUCCGCUAGUUUUCCCUGUUUUUCAACGUUUCAACAAUAUUGACUUCUUCCUGUUUUUGUUCUUUGUGGUGGUCGUAGCUGAUGGAUUUAUAUUUGCCCAUGUUGAUCAGAGUUAUAAAAUAUUGGAGGAGGAAUUUUCUCUGACAGAUACAGAGAAAUACUUAAUGGAUUACAGUGAUUAUUAUGUAUCUUUCAUGGUAGCAAUAUUUGUAGCAUACUACGGAGGCAGAGGGAACAGGUCAAGAUGGAUGGCAGCUUCUGCCUUUAUAUUAGGAAUUACAUCAGUUGUAUUUGCUAUUCCUUUCUACAAGUAUGAAAUUAUAAGGCAAUUCGAAGAUGAGGAAGAUUUGUGUGAAGUAACAAAUGCGACAGAUUGUGGGACAUCUAGAAUACCACACAGAUCAAUAUGUAUCUAUCUCUUCAUCUUCGCCCAGUGUCUUCAUGGAAUGACGGCGAUGCCCUUUUACAUCCUUGGUUUCACUUUCAUUUAUGAGCAUACUCCCAAAUUAUCUACUGGCAUCUAUAUAGCUAUCGCUGAUUCUGUACAAGUACUUGGAUACGCUUUAGGUUUGGCAGUAGGAGCCGUUGGUGCUAGAUCUUCUCAGAAUCAAGCUUUGAAUGGAGACGCAAAUGUUCACAACUUUCGACAAUGGCAGAAAGUUUGGUGGAGUGGUUUUAUCUCAGUUGCUGUGGUGUCAUGGUGUACAUUUCCCCUGUUUCUAUGCUUUCCACCUAGGUUACCUGGUGGAAACAAGCUAAUUCGUGAGAAAGAAAAGGAACAUCUCUUCUUUGACAAGAGACUUGAAAAUAAGGAAUUUGGACAUAGUUUGAAGGAUUUACUUCAGGCUGUUAAGUGUCUGGUCAGCAACCCGCUGGUGAUGUGCUUCUCACUGUGCAAAACGUCAGAGUGCCUGACUCUUAAGGGAAAUCUCAAGUUUGUGCCCAUAUAUUUAGAAAGUCGGUUUUUGAUGACGCCGACACUUGCCAGUCGUCUCACAGCACUUUUUAUGUUUUUUGGAUAUACAGUUGGCCGUUUCCUGGGAGGUUUAAUUGUAGACAGAUUGGAAAUGUCUUUCAAGAACAAAAUAAGAUUUAUAGUGUUGACAUCUUUUGUAUCAGUUUGUCUUUUUAUAUUAAUCCUUUCUGUAGAGUGUGAAACAGCGAAAUUUGCUGGAAUCACUGAAGAUUAUGAUGGGACAGGUAUCCUUGGAAACCUCACAGCUCCAUGCAAUGAGAAAUGUGAUUGCCCAAACAAACACUAUGCUUCUUUAUGUGGAAGAAAUGAUAAAGAGUAUUUCUCUGCAUGCUAUGCAGGCUGCACUGCUUAUAAAUACUUCCAAGGUGAAAAGACAUACUACAAUUGCUCUUGCAUUAAGGAAGGCCUGACAACUUCAGAUUCCGAUGGUCAUUUUAUUGAUGGCACUUCUGGAAAAUGUAGUACCAGAUGUGACUCAUUACCCUUGUUUUUUGCUUUUUUCUUUUCUUCCAUUGUUUUUGCUAAUUUGUCUACUGUAUCUGUCAACUUGUCUAUUCUCCAAAGUGCACCUAUCAGUUAUAAUUCGCUGAGCAUGGGUGUGACCUUUACAAUUUGGAGACUAAUCGGAUCUGUUGGUCUACCAGAGAUUUUUAAAAAAGUAUCAAUAAAAUCUUGCAUUUACUGGAACAUUAAUAAUUGUGGAUUAAGAGGACGUUGUUGGAUCUACGAUGUCUCAAAAGUGGUCUACAUGAUGAUGGGAAUAAGUAUUAUUUUCCAAGCAUCCUUAACCUUCUUUAGUCUUUUGGCACUUUUCAACUAUAAUCGUGGUGUAAAAAAAAACACUGAGAAUAUGGUUAAGAAAGCAAAUGCAAGUAAACAAGAAAAAACUUAAUUUCUAACAGAUUUCUCCAUUGGGACCAGAGAACCUAUGAGGAUCUGAGUUCUAAGUCCAUUCUUUGAAGAUUUCAUAGGAUUUGUGGCCUUUAAUUUAGAAGAGAAAAUAUAGCAGAAAAUAUCUAUCUCAUUUUCACAAUAAAUAAUACU